AUGAACAAUCUUCUUUCUUCAACAGGUGAACUCUCAGUGGAAGAUUUCCAGGACCCUUUCCUAGUCAGUAUCCAUAUUAUUGCUGAUCCUGGUGAGUCCAGAACUCUACAAGAUGCCAUUGACAAGCUGCUUGCAUGGAUCCAUCCUGACCUUCAGCUAUUCCGUGUCUCAGAGCGAAGGGUUUCAAAAAAAAGAAAAAUUCCUAAAGGAUUGACAUCACAACCUGCUGUCGCCGUGAUUCUGUUUUUGCAAGAAGAAUAUGGUGAAGAGCAGAUCCUACAUCUUCAUGAAUGUUUUCGGAAACCACCUUGGCAAUUUCAUCAUACAGAGCGGGUGCAUGGAAGAUUUCUCCCUUACAUGCCGUGCAACCAAGACUUCUUCACUCUUGCACAUGGAACACCGCUGUGGGCAAUUAGACAAGUGCACUAUGGGAAAGAAAUAAUCCGAUUCACUAUCUACUGCAGUUACGAAAACUUUGUAGAUAUAAUGAAAAUGUAUGAAAUAAUACUAAAAAAAUCUGUUUGGAAGAAAAAAGCAGAUUUUUGUGUCUUUCCGAUCUAUUCAAACAUGGACGUUGACAUAGAAUUUUCUCUAAAAAGACUACUUAAAGGGCAAACACCAGUGCCCAUGGAAUCAUCAUUGCUGGAGUUUAGAGUGAAAGACUUUGGACAACUCAUCCCACUCUUGCCCAACCAAUGUAGCCCCAUCAGUGAAGGUAGAUGGCAAACUGAAGAUCAUGAUGGGAAUAAAAUUUUAUUACAGCAAGUACAUCGACUUACUAGAAAAACUGUUUUGAAACAUCAGAAUUACUUGUCAAGGAAAACAGCCAUGACGCCACCAAAUAGCACCGCCCCACAGAGUUCAAAACCUGACAGAAAAAAGCGAUACCAUAGCAAUGACUGGCUAUCAUAUUAUGGCGCCUCACAACAAGAGUCCUCUAAAUACCAAGAGGAUAUACCUUAUACUUUAAAAACUACUACCAGUACAACACAGUUAUUUCAACGAAGCAAGUCUCUGUUUUGUUUGCCAACUAUAAGCUCAUUUCCUUCAUGUGAAUCUUUCCCUUUAAGUGAACCAUCUCAGCUUUUUUGUGAGGAAUCAACAGAUUGUCAAGGGACAGUGUGGAGGGGCAGUCCGAAAAUAAACAUAGAUAGCCUUGAAGGGGCUCAGGAAACAGAUGUAGAUACAGGAAUGAAGUUAUCUUCAGAUAUGUCAGUGGUUUCGGCUUAUUCACCGAUAAAUGGAUUGUGCAAUGACUUAUUAGCGGCACUUCCUUCUGAUAAAGAGUCCACGUCACUGCAGGCAAAGUUUAAGCUCCGUGAGCUUUCAUAUGAACCUUUAAAUUCUGUCUCUGAGAGAUCGUCACGUUCUUUUAUCUCUUCGUCUGUGUUCCCCAGUGAUUCUUGUACAAGUUCUCUGGGAGGCUCACAGAAAGAACUAGACAGACAUUAUAAAAAUACUACAGAAAUUACCAAUCAUUUGACAGAAACUGUGGAAAACGAAGAGGAAGAAUUUUAUAUAUGAACUAUCACUUGACUGUUUGAAAUCAUUGAAUUUAUUUGUUUUCAUGGCACACUCUGUAGUUUUCAUUUUAAAUCUCUAGCUUUUUGUGUCUGACGUUAAUAGUCAUAUUGAGUAAUUGAAAUGUACAGAAAUAGAUCAUUUCAUGCAAAACUAUCCAUGUAAAGUAGUUACGUUAUAAAUGUCACUUCUGCAUUUUAAAA